GCGUCUUGCAAGCGGCUCUUCUCAUUCUUUUUCUAUCUACGACGCUCGACUGAGCUGACUGCGUUACUGUACGCGGCUUGUGUCGGUAAAGUGUUCAGUGAAGUGAGGGUGGUGACCAUUUUUACUUGUGUUCGUUAGUGCGAGACUACCGGCUACGGUGGAAAAAGGCGUGCAAGAUGAAAGUGAUAAAAACGAAGACGACGCGAAGGCGUGCCGACGACGAGAAUCGCCGGUGGAGACGGUGCAGCAGCCGGCUAGAUAAAUAAAGCUCUAAAUAACUGUGUACGCGAUCGAACAGUGUCUUAAACUGAUUCGAGAAGAAGAAGAAGCGGUGUAUAAGUCACAUACGACGCUCUCGACGCGAUGGCCAGGCUCAACAAGCUGCUACUGCUGCCACCUCCAGCCUCCCGCGUCGUACCCAAACAAUGGUGAUAAUGCUGAAGACCAUCGACGUUUUCGGCUCGAUCCGCUCGCUCUUCAAGGUCACUCGCAUCGUCGAGGACACCCUCAUCUUUCGGCUGCACUAUCGCGCCACCGUGGCCUUCCUGCUGGCGGGCUGUCUCACGCUGGCCUGCAAGAGCAUCAGCGGCUCGCCGAUACACUGCGAGGCGAGCGGCGCCGUCGACAAGGUCGUCCUCGAGACGUUCUGCUGGCUGCACACCACCUACAGCAUGGUGCACGCGUUCAACAUGAGCCUCGGGCGCUCGAUACCCUAUCCCGGGGUGUCGAACAGCGGCGUGAGCAAGACCGAGGUGCACGGCCACACGCAGCACCCGAUGGUCAAGCAGCACAAGUACUAUCAGUGGGUCAUCUUCGCCCUGCUGCUGCAAGCAAUCCUGUUCUACACGCCGCGCUGGCUGUGGAAGGGCUGGGAGGGCGGCAAGAUACACGCUCUCAUGAUGGACCUCGACAUCGGGCUAUGCGGCGAGCCCGAGAAGCGCCAGAAGAAGAAGAUGCUGCUCGACUAUCUCAUGGAGAAUCUGACCCUGCACAACUGCUGGGCGUACAAGUAUUAUCUGUGCGAGAUACUCGCCCUGCUCAACGUCGUAGCGCAAAUGUUCAUGAUGAACAGCUUCUUCGACGGGGCCUUCCUGACCUUCGGCAUCGACGUGCUGCGCUUCCUCGAGUCCGACCAGGAGGAUAGGGUCGACCCGAUGAUCUACAUAUUCCCGCGCAUGACCAAGUGCACCUUCUACAAGUACGGCGUGAGCGGCGAGGUCGAGCGCCACGACGCCGUCUGCAUACUGCCCCUCAACGUCGUCAACGAGAAGAUCUACGUCUUCCUCUGGUUCUGGUUCCUCAUACUGGGCGCGCUCAGUCUGCUCGUCGUCAUUUAUCGGUUCGUAAUAGUGUUCUCGCCGCGCAUGCGAGUCUUCCUGCUGAACCUGAGGUUCCGCCUGGUGCGCAAGGAGGCCGUGGAGACGAUCGUCAAACGCGGCAAGGUCGGCGACUGGUUCCUGCUCUACAUGCUGGGCGAAAAUCUCGACACGGUGAUCUAUCGGGACGUGAUGCACGAGCUGGCCCACAGGCUCGCGUCGAGGCAUCAUCACAGCGUGCCCGGGGUCAAAGGUGGCGAGCUCCAAGAGGCCUGAUCCAGGUGAGAAUCAUUUUCGACUACUCAUUGCUAUUAUAUUAUGACACGUCUCGUCUCUGUUGACGCCGCGAGCGAGGAAGAUUAAAAACCGUGUACGGAUUUCCUAAUCCUGUACGUCGGGGGUACGUGUUAUUAACACCUGCGCAGCGGAGGAGUAAGACAAUUAUAUUAUACACCGAAAAUGACUUCUUUAGUCGGUGCGCUGUGUCUCACCGCACGUCUGCUUUGUUAUUAUCGUUAUUCUUUUUUUUUUUAAAUGACGCGCUCGUAUAACGUUUCGUCAUAUUAUAACACAGACAGACAGAUAGAUAUAUAAUUGACGUAUAAUGGAUCGCGUGCGUUUCGAUAUUUAAGCUUUGGCAGCAGCGGCGGCGGCGCCUCUACCUAUAUCUUUAUUGUAUCGUACCCUUUUAUUUAUUUUUUUUUGCUUCUUCUUCUUCCGCGUGUAUAUUAUAGAGUAAUCCGCGCUCGCGCCCCACCGACGCGAUCUCUCGCAGCAAUAAUAAUAACGAGAGAAAACAUUGAAAUUAUAUAUAGAGAUAUAUAUACGUGCGUAUUACUCGCGAGCUGGGCCCAAUAAAAUGGACGGGCCUUAUAUUACACACGUGUAUAUGUAAUGUAUGGCGGCCGAUCGAUUCGCGCGCGUGUAAUUUACUUAUAUGCGCUGCUGCUGCUGCUCGAAAGAUUACGGGGAAUUGAAUUUAAUGACGGGAGGAAAUUUCCCAUGUAUGCGCGCGUGUGUACGCGGUGCAUUCGACCCUUGUAUUACGCAA